ACACCUCCGUGUCUACCGUAACUAACCAUGAUUAAAGUCGAGAUUUCCAGAAUCCACAAUCUUUAAUCACAAUCAGUGACUUGAGGGUCUGUGCAGCAGUGAAUCAUAUGAAUAGAUUAAGAAGAGACCCUUUGAAAAAGAUUGUGUAAUUUAACAUGAUUCAUGGAGCUGUUUUGUUUGUACUUACUUUGUGCAUUAAUUCCAAAGAUGGUUUAGGGCUCAAGUCCCCUAUCUUGGGGGUCCCAUUCUCAGAACCAAAUGAAAAGUGGAAUGGGAAAUGGUUUCCUUAUUCUCCUAUGGACGAUGGUAACAAUGUUAUCCCGUCUAAUAUUGAAAUGACUCAGAAACAUAUUCAAAUGGGAGUUAUUUCUGAUGACUGUGAUAAUGGUAAAGACAAUAUCACAGUAGACUGGAACGACUCUCCGAUUAACUAUACUUGUUUCGACAAGAAGUCUUUAUACCUUCCCAACAUAGACGUACAACCAAUAGAAGUUGCGUACAACAUACCUAAGGAAUAUGCUGCCAUGCACGAAUGUAUGAACACCACCAUUAAGUACAAUUACCCAAUACCCACCUUCGGACCACACAGGCCACUGUGGCCAAAGUACGGCGAAUAUUUAUUUGUUCCCGUACAAAGAUGGUUACAUAAUUUAGAACAUGGCGCGAUUGUAAUGUUAUAUCAUCCGUGUGCUAAUGUUUGUGAGACCGAAUAUUUGAAAGAAAUCGUGAAGAACUGUUUAUAUAGACACAUUAUCACUCCAUACACAUUGUUGACUAUGGAUCGUCCUCUAGCUUUGUUAGCAUGGGGCCAUUCACUAGAAAUGUCUAAAGUUGAUACUGCUACAGUUAUAAAUUUUAUCAGAAGAAGGGCUCUUCAGGGACCCGAAAGAAUUUCGAGAGAUGGUGAUUAUGAUCACAAAUUGGUAAAUCCCGCCAAGGUAGUGUCAGACCAGGAAGACAGUGAUCUGUGUAUUGGUAUACGAAGCAAAGAAUGGUUUUAGUGUAUUGCGACUGAGCUACGAUAAAAAAAUUUAUACUGUUAAGGAUUAUUAUUUAAGCUUUUCUUUUAAAUUUCGGCAGAAACAUUUCUUUUUAUUCCAGUUAGACGCUUGGUUGUAUGUUAUUAUAUAGCAAAAUUUGUUUGUAAAUGAGAUUUUAAUUGAUACUGCCUGUUCAAGCUGUAUAAGUUGUAACUCAAAAUAAAUAAUCCCGAUGAUUUUGA